CAGCACAGUGCUAUAGCCAGUUGAUUACAGUGCUAAACGAAAUACAAAUAACUCAGCAGAGUUUUUUAAUGCUGUUUGUUUUUUUCGUUUUAGUGGUGUGAUAGUUUAACCUUUACACCAUAAGGUUGCAAUUUAAACAUUUGCUGUGUUUAGAAAUUGAAUAGAAAUGAGCAGUCCUGACGCUGGGUAUGCAAGUGACGAUCAGACCCAGGGAAGGUGUUCGAUGUCAAUCAUGAUGCCUGGAAUUGGACACUGUCAGUGGACGGAUCCCUUAAGUCCUCUCGGGGAAGGGAAAAUCAAAAGUGAAGCCUGCUCUACCAGCUCCGGAAACCAGAACAGAGGCAAGACUGAACCUCGGAUACGGCGACCGAUGAAUGCGUUUAUGGUCUGGGCAAAAGAUGAACGCAAGCGUCUGGCACAGCAAAACCCAGAUCUGCACAAUGCAGAACUCAGCAAAAUGCUUGGUAAGUCUUGGAAAGCAUUGCCUGUGACUGAAAAGCGCCCGUUUGUGGAAGAGGCAGAGAGACUCAGAGUGCAGCACAUGCAAGACCAAACCCCAGUGCACUACAGCGGACAUUUUGAAAAGCACUUUGAAACAGACUUUAAAGUUAUAAAAAAUUUGUCAGGAUGUUAAAUUAAAAGAAAAAUU